AUGCUAAGACAACCUAUACAAAAAUGCUUCAAAAGAACAUUCUUUGGCAGUUCAAAACCUCAGACAUAUAGUAUAACAAAAAUACUAAACGGUAAUUCUAAUCAACUAUAUAAAAUAGUUAGUGAAGUAAAUAGUUAUAAAGAUUUUGUUCCAUUUGUGGAAGAUUCAUUUAUAUCAAGUAGAGAUUCAAAUCAUCAACCAACAAAAGCAGAGCUUAAAGUAGGAUGGAAAGAUAUUACUGAAAAAUUUGAAUGUAAGUUACAUUGUAUAGAAGGAGAAAAAGUGAAUGCUAAAAGUCUUGAAUUGGAGUUAUUUGAGGAAUUAGAAACAGAAUGGAAAUUUAAAGAUAUACCAACAGGUAAUUGUCAAGUUGAUUUUACAUUAUUAUAUAAAUUUAAAAAUCCAAUUUAUGAUCAAUUAAGUUUUAUGUUUGCCCCACAAGUAACUACAAUUAUGAUUAAUGCUUUUGAAAAUAAACUUAAACAAAAUAGGUUUAAAUCAAAGUUGUAG